CAAGCGAAGGUCUACAAGCCGCAGCAGCCCUUCCCCUGCCUGGCGGGAAAGCGGGGCACACGCCGCGCUCUCCCGUGGAUUGCCACCGUGUGGAGCCGCCCUACCGGCCGCGGCAAACGCCGCUUCCCUCCUCCGCUGCCCCACGCAGGAAAACGCCACCGGCGCUGGGAGCCGGCACGCCCCGCGCGCAACCGUUGCGCGGUGGGGAGGGCCCACGCGCCCCGUGUCCGGAGGACCACGGUUGGGUCGCACCUGGCAGCGAAGCUAGGAUGGAGGUUCUAUGAUGCUGACGACUAUCAUUCCCCGGAGAAUAAAAAGAAGAUGGCAGAAGGGAUUCCGCUCAACGAUGAGGACAGGAUACCCUGGCUGUGUGCGUUGCAUGCUAUUCUAAAGAGAGAAGAGUCAUGUAGACAAGCUGCAGUUCUGGCCUGUUCUGCACUGAAGAAGAUGUAUCGGCAUGUGUUAGUUAGUGGAGCAUCUGCAGUUGGAAGCAACCAGGCAGGGCAACCAGGAGAAACUGCACUGAAGAUCCUCUUUGUUCAUUUGGAUGGGCCUGCAGACGUAAUUGCUGGCCGCCUGAAGAAGAGAGAACAUUUUAUGCCACCUGAACUUCUCAAGUCUCAGCUUGAUAUUCUGGAGCCUCCUAGCGCACCAGAAAACUUCAUUACUGUCAGUCUUGAAAAAUCUCUCCCUGAAAUAGUGCUGGAGAUUGAGAGCACCAUUUUUCAGGGCAAGGCUUUUCUGGAGUAAGUUUCUGAAUUGCAUGUACAGAAAUUACCUUAAGGCUAUCAAAGGUGUGGAGAGGCAUUUUAAUUAUUAAGUUAUAUCAAACCAACUAAUUCUUCCCCAAUAAUUAAAUGAAUUGCAAUAUUAAGA